AGUCCUCAUUUUUUUAUUUCUCAAAGUUCAUCGAAAAAAUCGAUUUCAACUCCUUCCUGUUAUCAAUCGGCUUUCUUGAAAAUGUUCAAAAAGCUGCUACAUCUUUUACAAAAAGAUGUGCUGCUUAUGCGAAGAUCGAAAGUUUGGACGGGAUUUGAAGUGGCAAUACCGCUCAUCUUGAUUGCUUUUCCGGCUGCAGUGAUGAUCUACGCAAAAUCACAAGCUCCGGAAGACGCAAAAUCAUCUGGACCAUCAAUUGACAUGAUGCUAUCUACCGAAAGUUUUCAUCCGACAGUUUCAUCAACUUGCCAGGAUCCUUCUUAUGGUGUUCAGACUGUAAAUAAUGUUGAAAAUUAUUGGAAUUAUUCACCAAUGAGAUGGGAUAACACUACAAAUUCUCUCGACUUGGCAAAGAAUCCAGCUCGUAAAUUGUUCAUCAAAGAUGUACGUGCAUGUAAGAAGAUUGUAUAUAUUGUGGAGGACAAAUAUAAAACUACAAUGGUUCUACCAGCCAUAGGGCGGAGAUCGUAUAAUUUCCGUAGUUACAACUAUUACAUGAACAAAAUUAUGUUCGGAUUGUCUCAGCGAGCCAACAACACUUCGUCGAUUAUUGAAAAUUUCGAUAUAAAGUUGUAUUCGAUAACAAAUUUCGAGGAAUCAGGAUUUGGACAAAACUUCGGGUUACUUUUUGCAGUAUGUAUGCUGAUGCCGGUUAUUUCUGUUGCCAGAGCUCUGGUUGUGGAGAAAAGUUCAGUCAAGCCAUAUUUAACUACAAUUGGAUUGCCAUUGUGGAUGUUCUAUCUCGAACAUUUCUUGUUCGGAGUUAUCAAAAACACAUUUCUCAUCACCUUGCUCUCAACUCUCUACAUUUUUUCAAUGGACAAUUGUCCAACGUAUGUCCUCGCUGGAAUCUUUAUGUAUACUUGUCAUUGCGUAUCGUUUUCUAUACUAUGUACUUCAAUUCUUCCAUUUGGAAAGCGUAUUGUCGAAGGAAUGGUGAUUAUUUGGAUAACUCUUAUAAUAGCUAUGCAUCUUUCGCUAGAGUUUGAAUUUGAUUGGUUGUUCUGGGUGCCUUUGUUAAAUCCCAAUUAUUCAUUGAAAUUGUUUGUCGACGCUACUUUUCUAGCAAGUGGGCCGAAUGGUACACCGACAAGUGCUCUUUUUUCGUCAAAGAAAAAGACACUUCAAAGUGCAGCUGUCUAUUUUGGUAUCAUGAUCUCUUGCACAGUCGUGAUGCUUGUGGCAGCAAUAUUCAUGGAGAAACUGUACACUUUCGUUGGUCAUGCAAUUUUCAAAAGAUUUUGGAGAAUUCUUGGAUUUAGUAAAGGGAAACGGUCGAAAAUAGAGGAGAGAGGUGAUGGUGUUGAAGAUCGGUCGACAAUCCUACAGUGUAAGGAGACUGUAGAAGGACGCGGCAGUGCAAUCGCUGAUAUUGAGUUGAGUGGACUCGUGAAAGUUUAUCAAAAUGGGGAGAAAGCAGUGAAUGGGUUAUCAUUGAGAGCUAUCAGAGGUCAAGUAUCAAUUCUUUUGGGUCAUAAUGGAUGUGGGAAGAGUACAACAUUUGGAAUGAUAACUGGAAUGCAUCAAGCAACAGAAGGAAAGGUUAUGAUAGGGGGAAUCGAUGCAAAUGCGAACAGAGCAGAAGCUAGAGAAUUGAUUGGUUAUUGUCCACAGUAUAAUCCGAUUUAUGACGAGCUUACUGUAUGGGAACAUCUUCGACUUGUGAAUGCACUGAAGGGAAGAAGCGGCGGAUCAGACUUUAAGAUGGACGCUGAAAGUCUGUUGAAACAGAUUGAGUUGACGGACAAACGGAAUACAUUGGCCAAAAAUUUGUCGGGUGGAAUGAAACGAAAGCUUUGUGUGUGCAUGGCAAUGAUCGGAGGAAGUCGUGUCAUUCUGUUGGAUGAACCAACGGCUGGAAUGGAUCCAUCAGCUCGUAUCGAUGUUCAAAAUAUGUUGGCAUUGGUUAAAGCGGAUAGAACGAUCCUUUUGACAACACAUUAUAUGGAUGAAGCUGAGAAGUUGGGUGAUUGGAUUUUUGUUAUGUCGCAUGGAAAAAUGGCUGCAUCGGGAUCCAAGCACUAUUUAAAGCAGAAGUAUGGAGGUGGAAUGUUGCUCACGUUGGUGUUCAAGAGUGUUCAUGAUCCUAUGAGACCAAGGAAAUCCUAUGAGACGGCUUAUGAUGUUUGUAAGACGGUUUGCUCGACAGCUUUGGUGAAAGACGAGAGAGGCCAAAUGAUAGAGAUAAGCAUAUUGGAAACCGAGAAGUCCAGGCUCCCAACGCUUCUGAAAAUUUUGGAAUCAGUGAUGGAAGAGGACUACAAUAAUCCAGAGUUUCAAGCACUCGAACCAGAUAUUCAGGAAAAGUGUCGAACUCUUGAAUUGGCAACAAUUGGUGUUUCUAUGAGCUCAUUGGAGCAAGUUUUCAUUAAGAUUGGAGAUGAAUGUGAUGAUAUUAUGAAUGGAACGGGAGUUGAUAAGAAAACAGAAAGACAGGAAAAGUUCAGCACCUUGGUACAAUAUAAGAUUCAACAACCAAAACAAGGAUUUUCGAAACUGAUGAUGGUAGUUUGGGCUCUGCUUCAAAAACGAGCAUAUUAUCUAUACCGUAAUCCUGUUCAAAUCACACUUCAAAUCAUACUUCCUCUUCUCACACUAUGGCUAUUUGCAGUUCCUUUCUUACGGUUGGAGCCAAAACCUCCUAAGUUGUCUGACAUUGAAUCAUUUGACCCCUCGCAAUAUCCACACUCCACUGUACUCCUGCAAUUGGAAAAUGAGAAUGACGAUCGUUUGGCAAACUAUUUGAAUUCGUUCUCCAAUUUUGAAGUGGUGAAAGUUGGCUACAAUGAUCAUUACGGAUAUUUAGUCAAAAAGUAUUCACAGGUUUUCAAAACGUUGGGAUUCAUUGUCAAAGUCAACAAGAAGGGAGAUUCGAAGUUCUACAAAAUUUCACAAGGAGAUAAAAAUGCGGCGAUUUUGAUGAACAUCAUUGCAUCUGCAAUGUAUUUGAGAGAUCCAAGUGUUACUAAACUGCCACACGUUACGUCUCGAGUAAUAUGGAUGAAUGAUCCCAAAAUUAAAUACGAGGGUCUCGCUUCUUUCUUUUUAUUUGAAAAUAUCUUCUUCUUGUUGGUUCUCGCUGGUAUCUUUAUUCAGUCAACAGUUUAUUUGAUCGAAGAGAAAAUCUGCAAAUUCGCCCACCAACAGUAUCUGACAGGACUCUCAACUAUCGCCUACUGGGGAGUCGUGUUUCUUUGGGAUUUCCUCUUGUUCACAUUCUUUCUUCUCUACACCAUCGGAUUUCUUAUAAGUUUUGGAGUUCUUCAAGGUCAUAUCCAUGAAAUUGUGGUCAUCUUCUAUGGUCUUUUAUUCUACUUUGCUCCGCUGGUAUAUCUGACUUCAGCGCUCAUCAAUACCCCGACAAGAGGCAACUUCUUGUUGUACAUGUUUUGUUGCAUUCCCUGGCUGGCCUACUCGAUUGUAUCUGAACUCCACAAUUUUCCACCGAUACAAAAGUAUAGUGAUGAGAUUGAGUACGGUUUCCGCAUCUUUAAUCCUUCUAUUGGAUUUUUGGCGGGCCUUAUGAAAAUUGCUGCACUUAACUAUCCGAAAUCUGGUUUAGACAAACAUUUCGAACAUCUAACUAACUUGUGGACUUAUGAAGGAAUAUUUUUUGAAUUGAUGUUCCUGUUUUUUGGCGGCAUUUUUUUGACAAUACUCCUUGGAUGUGCAACAUUAAAACCCUUCCGUCGAGCAUGUUUCCGUGGGACGCGUAGAAGAUCUCAACCACGAGAAAGGAAGAGAUACAAAGGAAUCGAAUCGUGUAAAGCUGUGAAGGAAGAAGAACAACUUGUUCAGGAAGUUGAUAAGAAUGAAACGGUUCUUGUGAUCGAUGGAUUGGUAAAAGACUUUGGUAAAUUCCGUGCAGUCAACGAUCUUUCCAUUUCUGUUGGUCAUGAGGAAUGUUUUGGAAUGCUCGGUGCAAAUGGAGCAGGAAAAACUACAACAUUUGAUAUCAUCACUGGCCUGACUAUGCCAACAGGUGGUAGUGCAACUAUCGAUGGACAUGACAUCACAGAGACUAUUCACAUUGGUUAUUGCCCACAGUUUGAUGCAAUGCUCCAGCAAAUCUCAUGCCGGCAGACGUUGAGAAUAAUGGCAAAGCUUCAAGGAUAUCCGAAUGUCAAGGAAGUCGUUGAACUUGUGCUAGAUUGUGUUGGAAUGUCGGAUUUCGGAUACAAGCUUGUCAAGAAUUGCAGCGGUGGUCAAAAGCGAAAGAUUUCUGUCGGAAUUGCGUUGAUGUCUCGUGCCACGUGCAUUAUUCUUGAUGAACCGACGGCUGGAAUCGAUCCACGUGCUCGUCGUGAAAUUUGGGAUAUCAUUCAUGAGAUGAGGGAACAGGCGAAAUGCUCAAUUGUGCUCACUUCUCAUUCCAUGGAAGAGUGUGAAGCACUGUGUACACGUAUCGGAAUUCUAAGGAAAGGAGAAAUGAUUGCAUUGGGUACUAGUCAAUCGUUGAAGUCUCAAUAUGGUAACACUUACAUGAUGACCCUUAUUCUCAACAGCUUGGAGGACUUGGAAUCAGUUUGUGUAAUUGUCAGUGAAGAGAUGCCGGAUGCAGUUUUGAAAACUCCUGAAUCAAGUUUGACUACUAGUAUUGUUUGGGAGCUUCCAAAAUCGAAAUCUGACAAAUGGUCUGAGAAGUACAAUCAAGUGGAAGUUCUCGCAAAAAAAGCCAAUGCAAAAGACUACAUGCUGACUCAAGCAUCACUGGAGGAUACGUUCAUCCGUCUCAUUACCACAGAAGAGGAAGAAGAAGCCUCUGCCUGAACUCGAAAUUUUUUGAAUUAAUUAAUUAAUUUAUUUAUUUAUUUA